AUGGAACCUGAACAACUACAACAAGAUCAAACAUUACCAUCUUCUUAUGAAGCAUCUACUACAUUACAACCACCACAAAUACCAAAAUUCAAAAUGCCACUUGGCUCAAUAUCAUCAGUAUUAAAUUUACAAACAAUAGAAAAUCAUUUAGAUAAGUUAUCAAGAGAAGAACUUUCAAAAUUAUACAAGGAUUAUUUACCAGAAUCAACUUCCAAAAAUGUAACAAAAUAUAAAAUAAUUGAGAUAAUACGUAGUGGAUUUUAUCAACAAAAUGAACAAAAAUUACUGGAACAUUUAAAAUCUGGUGAAGGUGCUGGUUAUCUCUUGUCACAAUCUUUAAAAUAUGAUUAUAAAGGUGAAGGUAUUGAAAAUUUCUUGAAUGGGAUUAGAGAUUUGGGUAAGAAAGAACAAAAAGAAGAAGAAAAUGAAGGAAAAGAUACUGAAAUGAACUAA